AAAACAGAGACGGUUAUAGCACCCACGCACGACUCCUCAGUGAAAAGUGAAAACUGAACACUGAGCCAAAAUCCUCCAACACAGAUCCCUCUCUCCGCCUCGUUACGCGCCUGAACCGCCGCUGGCCUCCGGGCACCACCGUCGUCGCCUUGCGCGGCUGCAUCGCAGGGGGACUGCCGACCGCGCCUCGAGAAGCAGUGGCGAGAAGGCUGUCGUGGGCUCCGUGAGGGAAGCCACCUCCACCUGUUCGCCAAGGCCGACACUGCCUCGAUCAAUUGAGAUCAGCGACCCGCAUCAGACUACAUCACUAGGAACAGCCGGGACAAGGGCCAUGGCCGCGUCGGCCUCUGCUGGUUUUAGACAGUAUAAAUUUCCAAUUUCUGUACGCCCUUGUUUUUGUUUCGAUUUGUAGGAUCUACUAAAUUUUCAGGUCGACUGAAACUAUAGCUGGCGCAAGCCCAAGCCAGCAGCAGGACAACCUGCAGCUUAGUAGCGGUUCAGAUCGGAAUAGGAGAGUUCCCUUUGCAUCCUGGAAAUCUGUCAAUUCUGGAUUGACCCCAGAUUGAUCGGGUCAUAUGAUACUAAGAUUAGAGUUCUGCUGCCCUGAUGGUUCCUUUCCGUUUGUUUGAAUUAUAGUCUCCAGUAUAUAAGGUGCUAUAGGUGGUCACGUUUUUAUGAAUCUUUUCAGCCGUCUGCUUUAAAAUCUUUUGCAUGGAAUUGACUUCGCAAUGUGUUGUCAUACAAUUGUCAUGUUCAAAGAACUUGUUGAAUACUGAUAAAUCACAAUUAGUUUGUGAGUAUUGUAGAGAACAUGAUGUUUGUGCAGUUGUGCUUAGAACAUGGGAAAAGAAAACAUGAGAUUGAGACUUCCACUUGUUACUUAUUUUGCUCUGCUAUGUUAUAGGGUGUCGAAGGCAUGUGACUUAUAUCAUUUUCUAAAACUUUCCCUUCAGAUUCGAUGUGUGGCCCUCGGUUCUGCUCACCAUGCAAUUCUUCAGCAGUUUCAUCGCAGUGUUACAUAAUCCGGAAGAAGGUUGCAGGGCAGAAAAUACAUACAUGACGUGGGGCAUUUCACCAUAGAAGAGCAUUCAUUGAUAUAAUUAAUCCAGGUAAAGAGUGAACCAGUAGCCAAGGACUUGCACUAUGUUGCUUGAGAAGAUAAUUUUGCUGAUAUCCACAUUUCACAGGUACUGGGACCUUGAUAAGCUCAGCCAACACAUGUUCAGCAACUUUCUGAGCGCUGGUUGGGAACAUGCGGUGGUGAUGGCAGGUAUGGUUGAUACGUCAUCCGCUCCAUGUCCCGCAAGAAAAAUCUCACGGAACAGCAGGACCGCCCAAAAAAAACCAGGAGAAAAACUGUCCACUUCCCACCCACGCAUGCCAAGAGCCCACGAUCCCCUCACAAGUUCUAUCCAUUGCCAGUUCACCACUGCCGCGCUGAUUGCUUCGAUGGCACAAGACCAUGCCACCCUCCACUCCGGUGUGGCCUCCAAGAAUGUCAUCCUUAACCUCACGGCGAGCAUCUCCGCCUGCCUCUACCGCCCCUCGCCGCGUUGGACCCAGUUCCUUCCGUCAUCGUCUCCGUCGACUAUCGUCUCGCCCCGGUGCAGCACAACAAGGAGAUCUAAGGAGGUCCUUCUCAAGGAGCUCAUCGCCUGCAGGUUGGGAGGACAAUAGUGAUGGGCAUGGUGAAGCGGCCUUCGACUCUUGUCUCGCGCGCCUCCAUCAUUGGUGAUAAAGAUAUGUGCAGCUUCUCCCCAGGCCUUGCGCAGGCCUCGCUGUCCUCCUAACUCCCAACUCUUCAGUCCCCUCACCUCUCAAGUUCUCCCGGUCGACUCCUAGCUCACCAUUUUCCAAUGGAAUACCCUCGUUGUCAAGGAUGUCCUGGGUCGUCUCCCAUGGACUGAAUGCUACAGAAAGCGAGCUGCAAGAACAUAUCAUACUCAUACGCAUUGGCUUUCUAAUCUGGUACAUUUGCAUCUCUUGGAUAUAUCAUCAACUUCUUUGUCAGCACAUGUCUGAUUAGUAUGUAUUUUAUACUUCCAGUUUCGUGUAAGAUAGGUUUCAGUGGUAUGAAAUCAAAAUCUAGAGGAACUUAAACUGUUGUUAUGAUAAUUUUAGAUGCAUCUCCAUGAUACCUCAUAAACUUCUUUAGAUAUAACACAGGCUUGGUGAGAAUAUCUUCAGUUGGAGAGUCUCGUUAGAUACUUCCAAUGGUAUAAAAUCAAAAUCUGGAUGAACGUAUUCUUAGAUAUAAGAUAAAACUUGUGGUAUUUUUUUAUAUCUGGAAGCAGUGUUUCAUUUUUUUGGGAUAACAAAGCUUUCAUGUUUUGUGUCUCUUGGAGCAUGUGUAUAUUGCUCUAAUGUGCACCUGUUGCAUGCACUGGCACUUUCACCUUGCACUUGACCUGAAGCACAAUUCAUGAUUUAGUGGUGCAAUUAUUUUUAUUUCUUGAUGAAUUUUUGGAUUAUAUCUAAGUUGUUGAUUGUGGAAUAGAGGUAGGAGGAAGACUGGGACGUCAAGCACAAGGGGAAGACCUGGAGGAACUCGAGCGAGUAACAAAGUGAAGAACUUUAGGGUCUUGGGAGUAGAGAAGGGCUGUUUAUGUACAUUUUCCCAUCACGUGUUCAUGAAAAUGAAUGUUUGACA